AUGAUCCCGUCUUUUGAACAGAUCAAACCCACAGGGGUUCUCGAUUUCUCUAUGUUGAUGUGUGGUGACACGAACAAAAAAGAGUGUAGCGAUUCUACCUUUCAAUUUCAUUUUUCGGAUGCUUCAAAUCGACUAUUGUUUUGUCUCUCACAGGGGUUUCUUUAUGCGUUCCCUUCACCCUCAUUGAUGUCGUUUUCCAAGGCCAGUCUGGAUAAUCAGCAUCAUCGACUUGGUGGUGGGUUUUCCUUGUGGCUGGUGGAGUUUCUCCCAAUGACGCUUUCCACUCUUACAUCCCCUUUAAUCAACACCUCUUCUUCUUUGCUGCUUACUCACCCUAAAUCAGGGGUUCUUGUUACUAACCAAACAGUAGCCAGAUGGGGAAGAAGCAUCAGGGGAGCUCAGGUGCUUAGCUCAGAGUCUACCAUUAGUUCAGUGUUGGAUAUGUCAAUUCGUUCACUCCCUGGUGAUCAUGGACUUCCUUUACAACAGGCUUUGCCAGAUGUCCCACAGGGAAUGGUGGAUGCUGUAAACAGGGGUGGAGAGCUAUUUUCAAAUUUAACUGCAGGGACACUUGAACAGAUAACUUAA